CUUGGGUGGAUUUAGUGUAAUUUUGAAAAUUGAAAAGCACGCCUAAUCCAUAUUCUAGACAAAUUAAUGUUGUUUCUUGAAAAUUCAAAAAUCCGAAGAAAAGGAAAAUAUACGAGCCCAGGCCUACGGCCUACCCGGCGCCAAUACUCUUCCCCAUCGUCUUCCUCACUUCACUUCACCCUUUGAAGCAAAUCGAAGAAAACCGAAGACCCGUAUAUAAGCACGGAUAGCGCUCUCGAUCUGAAGCAGAAACCGGCAUUUUCCUCACCGGAAUAUGAGCGGGGCCCGUUUGUGCGGGUUAUUGGCGGAAUUGGGGUACGAAGGUCACGGGUCGCUUGACCCGGACAGCUUCGAGUGGCCCUUCCAGUACGACGACGUUCGACCCAUUCUCGACUGGCUCUGCUCUAGCCUCCGCCCCUCAAACGUCCUCUCCACUUCCGAGCUCUCCCAGUACGAGCAAUUUCUGCAAGAAGGAAAGCUUUUGGAGGGAGAGGAUUUGGACUUUGCUUAUGACAGCAUUUCAGCCUUUUCAGCAAGGAGGGACAAUCAAGAGGCAGUUUUUGGAACUGAAGAAGGACUAAAAGAAAUACGUGAUGCUACUUUGGCGGCAAAAGCUGAAGCUUUGGAAUUACAGAAGCAGCUCCGGCAUCUGCAGUUACGAAAUGAUAUGCUCUCAGGACAGGCUUCAGCACUAGUCCAAGGGAGAAGAUCACGAGUUGCUGCAACUUCUACUGCCAACGGGCAAUUGACUACAAUUGACGAUAGCCUAUCAGCAAGGAAUUUGGAGAUGAAUGCAGUUCUUGGACGGAUCGCAUCAACUGCUCAAGAGUUGGCACAUUAUCAUUCAGGGGAAGAGGAGGGAAUCUACUUGGCGUAUGCUGAUUUCCGUUCAUAUUUGCUCACUGAUGCCUCGUGCAUGAAGGAACUCAAUCAGUGGUUCUCAAAGCAACUAGAUUCGGGUCCUUACAGGUUAGUGGUUGAGGAGGGGAAAUCCAAAUGUUCAUGGGUGAGCCUCAAUGAGGUCUCGAAUGUUUUGGUGCGAGAUACCGAGAACACCCAGCAUCAACGUCUUUCUGAAUUGCAGAGGCUUCGCUCCAUUUUUGGAACAAGUGAAAGACAGUGGGUAGAAGCUCAGGUUGAGAACGCUAAGCAGCAAGCCCUCCUCACGACACUGAAAGCUCAAGUGACCUCAGAUGAAGCUCACAUCCAUCUUGACCUUCAUUCUCUUAGGAGAAAACACGCUGAACUAGCUGGAGAACUUUCAACUUUAUAUCGGAAAGAAGAGAAGUUAUUAUCUGAGACAAUUCCUGAUCUUUGCUGGGAGCUGGCGCAGCUACAAGACACAUACAUCUUGCAAGGGGAUUAUGAUCUUAAAGUCAUGCGUCAAGAAUUCUACAUCAAUCGACAAAAAGCGUUCAUAAACCAUUUGAUCUAUCAGCUAUCAAGGCAUCAAUUUUUGAAACUAGCCUGUCAGUUUGAAAAGAAGACUAUGCUUGGAGCCUAUUCCUUGCUUAAAGUUAUUGAGCUGGAGUUGCAAGGCUACCUGUCAGCAAGCAAUGGCCGAGUGAGUCGUUGUAUGUCAUUGGCUCAAGCUGCAUCUGAUGUGGCCGAACAAGGAGCAGUAGAUGAUCGUGACACUUUUCUCCAUGGAGUGAGAGAUCUGUUGAGCAUUUAUUCAAAUGCGCAUGCUGGUAUAUCUACAUAUGUAUCUGUACCGGGCAUUAUUCAGCAACUGUCUAACCUUCAGUCAGACCUGAUGAGCCUGCAGUCUGACCUAGAAUAUGCUCUUCCUGGAGACAGAAACAAAUGUAUCAAUGAACUGUGUACCCUUGUUCAAAGUCUGCAGCAAUUAUUAUUUGCAUCAUCCACAACCGCACAACCAAUACUAACACCCUGGUCUCUAAUGAAGGCACUAGAUGAAAUGGAAAAAGUUAAUGCAAACCUCUCGACUGCAGUUGAAGAUGUGACGCUUGAACAUUGCAAGAAAACUGAGAUCCCCAAUUCUCUCCUCUUCCCAAAUUCUUCUUUUUCCUUCCUCAAAUUCUCGAAUUCCAUUCCUCUUCUCCACGCCCUUGCUCAGAGCUCCCGACAACCGUCGUCGGCGGCCAGAGGUGGCGGCCUGAACUGGAAACACAAGGCGGUGACCUCGCAGAGUGCGCCGGCGAUGGAAACACAAGGCCGAGAGCAGAGAAGCAGAUGCUGUGUGAAAAUAAUGGGCUGGUUAAUCCAUUCCAAGAAUAAAUCGGAAGGGGCUGGAGGAGAGCAGAACCAGGCGGCGGCUCGCGACGUGCGGCAGCCGCAGAAGGAGAACAGAUUGGAAUAA